AUGAGAGAGAGAGAGAGAGAGAGAGAGAGAGAGAGAGAGAGAGAGAGAGAGAGAGAGAGAGAGGGAGAGAGAGAUAUGAGUGUGUGUGUGUGUCUGGAUGUCUGGUUUCUUGUUUUGGAAAAGGUAUUCACAUUCUGGAAUGGAAAUGUAGCCACUGAAACCAGCAAAAGAAAGAUUUUCUUGUCACUUUCUGCUUUCUACUUUCUCAAUCACAUUCAGAGAGUGAGACGGAAAUGUCAUCAGAGAUUUUGGGUACAUUAUAGGUUGUUCACUGAAAAUGAAAUUGUUGUUAGAUUUUUAUUUUCAAAGGAGUGA